ACGGAGCCGAGAUAAAUUCGUGACGUAUUUCACACAAUAUAUAAGGACGGGAGACCAAGAUACAGACAUUAUUAGGAGACGCAAGUACACCAAGCAAGCAGUGUGUGGAAUCGCAAAAUAAUUAAUUAAAUUAUUACCAUAGAUAUUGGAUAUUUUUGAUCCAAAAAUGUGUAAGAAAGCUACAAGAGAGGUCGAGGUGGUGGAGACCGGAAAGAAGCAGUAUUCCGCUUCUGUUGAAGAAGCGUUAACCAUGACAGGUUUCGGAAAGUACAACUUCGGAUUACUUCUGGUAUGCAGUUGGACGCUACAGGCUAUGGGGAUGGACAUGUUUGGCAGCAGCUUCGUGAUAGCUGCUGCUCACUGCGAUCUAGAACUGACAUUGCAGCAAAGAGCCCUGCUUACUGCCAUGCCACUACUUGGUGUGGUAGCGGGAGCUCAACUAUGGGGUUACGUGUCUGAUACUAAAGGAAGAAGGUUGACACUGGUACUGUCUAUGUCAGUAGGCUUCGUGUUUGCAGCGCUCAGCAGUCUAUCUCCAAACUGGCAGACAAUGGCAGUCCUUAAACUGAUUUCCUCUAUUUUCACUUCAGCCAGUAAUUCAGGAGCAUACACACUGUUGGGAGAGAGCUGUUCUGAACGCGCUCGCGGCCGCGCCAUGUUGAUGUGCUCCUGCGCACUCAUGUGCUCACAGGCUACUGUUGCAGUGAUGGCCUACCCAAUCCUGCCCCUGGACUUUGCGUACCACAUCGACUUCCUUGGCGUGGUGUACCGACCCUGGCGUCUACUGGCCUUCAUCAUGGCUCUGCCGUGUUUGUUCACCGCCUGUCUGCUGCAGCUCUUCUACGAGAGCCCCAAGUUCCUCGUUACUCAAGGACGAUAUGAAGAGGCUUUGCAUGUCCUGAAGAAUAUUUAUGCUACUAACACUGGCAAGGAUGCUGAUAGCUUCCCAGUUCAAAAGCUUCAAGAAGAUACUGAGAACAAGACUACAGAAGUUAGAGUAUCAUUCCUCAAGUCGGUGUGGCAGCAGACGGUGCCUCUGUUCAAGGCACCCCUGCUGAAGGAGACCCUCAAGCUGUUCUACCUCGUCGCUGUCAUUUACAUGACUGGCAGCGGCUUCAUCCUCUGGUUGCCUUACAUCAUGAACAACCUGUUCUUCGUGUUGGAGUCUGGUGGUGGUGAGGGCAUGAACCUCUGCGCUAUCAUCGAGUACCCAUCAGCUGCUGGUUUUGCUACUGGAAAUAUAACGACUGUAGAAGUAUGUGACGACACGAUCCAGGACACUACAUUAUUCUCCGCGAUGACAUACGGCGCCAUGGCUAGCUGUUCCAACGUGGUUCUUUCUCUGACCUGCGGCAGUCGGAAGCGCAUGGCCAUGAUCUGCAUCCUAGCCAUGUCUGCGAUCGCCGCCAUCUUGCAGAACGUGGUGGCCGUGCCAUUGGCUGGAGGGAUCUUCUUCUUCUUCUUCCUCAUGUGCGCACUGUCCAUGGGCAUCCUGAGCGUGUACUUCGUUGAGCUUUACCCGACUUCUCUAAGAGGCAUGGUAUCGUGUCUAUCCGUGAUGCUGGGCAGGUCGAGCGCCUUCCUCGGAGUGAACGUGAUAGGUGCCCUCAUCUCCAACAGCUGUGAGGCCACCUUCUACGGCUGGUCCCUCUUAUUAUUUAGUGCCAUAGUAGUAGCAUGGUUCCUGCCCAAAGACAGAGCACCUAAGAAGUAAAGAUUCAACCAUCUGAUGGUGACUGGAUCUACUGAAGACUGAACUAAAUCUACUCUUAGUUGUAAAUAAUGAGUGAAUGAAAUGAACGAUGUAGAAUGGUACUGACUGACUGAACAUAUUAUAAAAAUAUAGUUGUUAUGUUUAUAUUUGCUACAAAACAAUAAUAUUUUGUAAUCGUUAGUGCCAUAAAGUUUAUAGUCUAUGCUUGGUUAGGGAUUAAUGUAAUCUUUGUUAUCUGUGGCUUGUGAUUCCCGCGCUUUUAUCACAAGUUUUAUAGGUACAGGGUCAAGACUGCCAUCUUGCGGACAUUUUAAAAGUUAUGUUUUCUUUUCUUAGUCCAUUCAUUGUUAUAAUAGUCAAUUUCUAAAUUAAUAUUGUACCUGACACGGCCAUUUUAGUCAGUAAGUAAUAUUAGGUAGGUUAUCUUAAGUAGUAGUUAUAUAUGUAUAUUCUCAUAGUUAUAGCUAUUAAGAAUAAGUUAAUGUAUAAAAAUAUUUUCUUAAAUAAACGUAGUUUAAAAUA